GCCAUCACAACCAAUCCAUGAUCAUAAUUAUUGAAUCUUUUACCACAUCGUUGUAGCAGCUUCAACGAUAAUGUCUAGUUCGCAGGACGAGGGGUCAGAAAAGGCUCGACCAGGCCCAGACGCACCUGUUGAGAUACAGAAGGACUCAGGCUUCCAAGCGUGGUCACAGGUUCUGGGUGCUUGGUGCCUCUACUUCAACACCUGGGGCCUCCUCGCGAGCUUCGGAAGCUUCCAAGCCUUCUACGAGUCGGAUUUGCUCGCGUCUGAGAGUUCCUUUGCGAUAUCGACCGUGGGAUCUCUGCAGAGCUUUCUGCUCGUCUUCCUCGGCUUCUUUGCGGGUCCACUGUACGAUGCUGGUUACAGCAGACACUUGUUGUCGAUUGGCUCCCUCCUGAUCGUUGCCGGAACUGUUGCACAGAGCUUCUGCACUGAACUGUGGCAGUUGGAGGUUGCUCAAGGUGUGUGUAUAGGGAUUGGGUGCGGUUGUCUGGGAGUUCUGAGCGUGGCGAUUCCAUCGUUGUGGUUCACAUAUCGUCUUCCUCUGGCAAAUGGUAUCGCCGCAUCUGGAAGCGGAUUCGGAGGGGUUGUCCUCCCGAUCAUGAUCAGGAAUCUGAUAAAUCAGGUGGGAUUUGGAUGGACUGUUCGUGCCAUCGCUCUCGUACAAUUGGUGCUACUCUCGAGCGCGAACCUCCUCCUCCGUGUUCCGCAGAAACCGAAGAAUCGAAGACGUCUCCUGGACCUUGCUUCGCUGAAAGACUGGCCAUACAUCUUCUUUGUUCUGGCCUGCUUCGUCGUCUUCCUUGGCAUGUUCACACCAUUCUUCUACGUGCAAAGCUUCGCGAUUGAGUCGGGUAUCGCGUCCGAGAAUGUCGGCUUCUACAUCGUCCCUGCGAUGAAUGCGGGUUCAAUUCCAGGACGAAUCUUGCCUGCGCUAUUGGCGCAGUACUUGGGACCACUGAACAUGAUCAUUGGGGCAACAGUUGCACUGGGGGCGUGUGGCUUCGGGUUUCUUGGGACCAAUGCCCUUGCUAGUGUUUACGUUGUUGCCAUCAUGUAUGGGUUUUUCAGCGGCUUGUUCUUCGCAAUGCAGCCCACCAUCUUUGUGCGCUUGACAUCCGACAUGGCAGUAGUAGGGACGCGUUUUGGCAUGGCAUUCACAGUCAUGUCAGUUGCGCUUCUCUUCGGGUCUCCAAUCGGCGGCGCAGUGCAAGGUCCUGGUGGUUACGACGCAUCUUGGAUCUACGUAGGCGUGGCUGCUUUCGCUGGAAGCGCAGUCAUGUGUACCGCCAGGGUUCUCAAAGUCGGGUGGGCGCCUUUGGCUCGGGUGUAG